AGGGGAAGAUGUAUGUCACUGUGUCUGCGGGGGUCCUGCCUCUGAGCCACCCUCAGCCCGCCCUCCUCCCCUGGCUCCGUGGCUCCUUCCCAACCAGUGGCCCUGCCCCCCUUCUCCCUCCCAACCGGUCUGUGCAAGCGGGGGGAGCUGGUGCUUCGGCCCCCCCACCCCUCCCCAUCCAGGCCCCAUAAAUAGCACCAGAGCCGGAGCCAGAGCCGGCGCCAGCGGCUGGAGCAGCAAGGGAGUCAGGGCCAGGGCCAGAGAGCCGGAGAGAGGAGCCCCCGACUAGAGCCCAGAGACAUGUCCGACCCAGAGAUGGCCUGGGUGCCCGAGCCCCCAGCCAUGACACUGGGGGCCUCAAGAGUGGAGCUGCGGGUGUCCUGCCACGGCCUCCUCGACCGAGACACACUCACCAAGCCCCACCCCUGUGUGCUGCUCAAGCUCCACUCCGAUGAGCAGUGGGUGGAGGUGGAGCGCACAGAGGUGCUGCGCUCCUGCUCCAGCCCUGUCUUCUCCCGGGUACUGGCCCUGGAGUACUUCUUUGAGGAGAAGCAGCCCCUGCAGUUCCAUGUGUUUGACGCCGAGGACGGAUCCACCAGUCCUCGCAACGACACCUUCCUCGGCUCCACCGAGUGCACCCUGGGGCAGAUCGUGUCACAAACCAAGGUCACUAAGCCUCUGCUACUGAAGAAUGGGAAGAACGCGGGCAAGUCCACCAUCACGAUCGUGGCCGAAGAGGUGUCUGGCACCAAUGACUACGUGCAGCUCACCUUCAGAGCCCACAAGCUGGACAACAAGGACCUGUUCAGCAAGUCUGACCCUUUCAUGGAGAUCUAUAAGACCAACGGGGACCAGAGCAACCAGCUGGUCUGGAGAACAGAGGUGGUGAAGAACAAUCUGAACCCCAGCUGGGAGCCGUUCCGUCUGUCCCUGCACUCCCUGUGCAGCUGUGAUGUCCACCGGCCUCUCAAGUUCCUGGUAUAUGACUAUGACUCCAGUGGGAAGCAUGACUUCAUUGGCGAGUUCACCAGCACCUUCCAGGAGAUGCAGGAAGGAACAGCAAACCCUGGGCAGGAGAUGCAGUGGGACUGUAUCAACCCCAAGUACCGGGACAAGAAGAAGAAUUACAAGAGCUCAGGGACCGUAGUGCUGGCCCAGUGCACGGUGGAGAAGGUGCACACCUUCCUGGAUUACAUCAUGGGGGGCUGCCAGAUCAGCUUCACGGUGGCAAUCGACUUCACGGCCUCCAAUGGGGACCCAAGGAGCAGCCAGUCCCUGCACUGCCUGAGCCCCCGCCAGCCCAACCACUACCUGCAGGCCCUGCGUGCAGUGGGAGGCAUCUGCCAGGACUAUGACAGUGACAAGCGGUUCCCAGCAUUUGGCUUUGGAGCUCGAAUUCCACCCAACUUUGAGGUGUCCCAUGACUUUGCUAUCAACUUUGACCCGGAAAAUCCUGAAUGUGAAGAGAUCUCAGGUGUCAUUGCCUCCUACCGCCGUUGCCUGCCCCAGAUCCAGCUCUAUGGCCCCACCAACGUGGCCCCCAUCAUCAACCGCGUGGCGGGGCCAGCUCAGCGGGAGCAGAGCACUGGCCAAGCCACGAAGUACUCGGUGCUGUUGGUGCUCACGGACGGUGUGGUGAGCGACAUGGCUGAGACCCGCACUGCCAUCGUGCGCGCCUCCCGCCUGCCCAUGUCCAUCAUCAUUGUGGGCGUGGGCAAUGCUGAUUUCUCUGACAUGAGGCUACUGGACGGCGACGAUGGUACCUUGCGUUGCCCCCGAGGGGUGCCCGCGGCUCGCGACAUCGUCCAGUUCGUGCCGUUCCGGGACUUUAAGGAUGCCUCACCCUCUGCGCUAGCAAAGUGUGUCCUGGCCGAGGUGCCCCGGCAGGUGGUGGAGUACUACGCCAGCCAGGGCAUCAGCCCCGGGGCUCCCAGGCCCUGCACGCCAGCCACGACCCCCAGCCCUAGCCCAUGACUGCCGACAACCUGACGGACACUCCCUCAGUCUUUCAGUGCCUGUUCUGACCCUUGUGACUCAAGAGACCAUGCCUCUCCCUCUUGGACCAGGUGUGCCCUCUGGGUCCCGGAAGUGAGUGGUGAGCCCUACCCCAUCUCUUCAAGCCCCAGACCCCUCAGCCUCAUGUCCCCUCAGUAAUUUUCUUCAGUGAUCCUGACUUUCUGGCCAUUAAUAAAGGAAAGCACUCCUAGCA